AUGAGUUUGGAAAAAGACAUACGUUUCAAUUACAUUAUUGCUCGGAUUGUGAAACUUUUAAUUGUUGAGCUCUAUUGCACCCACACAGCAGCCUGUAUUUUCUACUAUUUGGCUACUACACUACCUGAAUCACAAGAGGGUUACACAUGGAUAGGAAGUUUGAAAAUGGGUGACUAUAGUUAUUCAAAGUUCAGAGAAGUUGAUUUUUGGAAGCGCUACACGACAUCAUUGUAUUUUGCUAUUGUUUCGAUGACUACUGUCGGCUAUGGUGAUAUACAUGCUGUAAAUCUGAGGGAGAUGAUAUUCGUAAUGGUUUAUGCUUCAUUGGACAUGGUUCUCGGUGCUUAUUUGAUUGGUAACAUGACAGCUUUGAUAGUCAAGGGAUCAAAGACUGAAAAGUUUAGGGACAGGAUGAGAGAUUUGAUGAAAUAUAUGAAUAGAAAUCAACUUGGCAGGGAUAUCCGUGAACAAAUUAAGGGUCACGUGCGCUUGCAGUUUGAGAGCAGCUACACUGACGCUGCUGUCCUUCACGACAUUCCUAUUUCUAUUCGAUCUAAGAUAUCCCAAUCGUUGUAUUUGCCAUACAUUGAAAACAUUCCCCUUUUUAGAGGUUGCUCUUCAGAAUUCAUCAAUCAGAUUGUUACUAGGCUCCACGAGGAAUUCUUUCUUCCUGGAGAAGUUAUAUUACAACAAGGAAACGUUGUAGAUCAACUAUAUUUUGUCUGUGAUGGUGUGCUGGAGGAAGUAGGCAUAGCUGAAGAUGGGUCCGAAGAAACUGUUUCACUUUUAGAGUACAACAGUUCAUUUGGAGAAAUAUCAAUUCUUUGCAACAUCCCUCAGCCAUAUACUGUCCGUGUUUGUGAGUUGUGCCGGGUCCUGCGGCUUGAUAAACAAUCAUUUUCAAAUGUCCUAGAUAUAUACUUUAAUGAUGGGAAGAAAUUAUUAGACAACCUUGUAGAGGGAAAAGAGUCUAUUAGAGGUAAGCAAUUGGAGUCAGACAUCACAUUUCAUAUUGGAAAGCUAGAAUUUGAACUUGCUUUGAAGGUCAAUAGAUCAGCCUUUGAUGGUGAUAUGUAUCAGUUAAAAAGUUUUAUUCGAGCUGGAGCUGAUCCUAAGAAGACAGAUUAUGAUGGAAGAACACCUCUGCAUCUUGCGGCAUGCAGAGGAUAUGAAGAUAUCACACUUUACCUUAUUCAUGAAGGUGUAGACAUCAACAUCAAAGAUAACUUCGGGAACACACCACUAUUUGAAGCAGUUAAGAAUGGACACGAUCGGAUUGCUUCUUUACUUGUUAGAGAAGGGGCCUCUUUGAAGAUAGAUGAUAAUGGUAGUUUUUUAUGCACAACAGUUGCAAGAGGGGAUCCGGAAUAUGUUAAAAGGCUUUUAUCUAAUGGACUGGAUCCUAAUUUGAAAGAUUACGACGGUCGAACCCCUCUACAUGUUGCUGCAUCCAUUGGUUUAAUCUUCAUGGCAAAGUUGCUAUUAGAAGCUGGAGCCAGUGUUUUUACUAAAGACAGAUGGGGAAAUACUCCGCUUGAUGAAGCUCGGACCAGUGGAAAUAAGAAUCUGAUAAAGAUGCUGGAAGUUGCAAAAUCUGCUGAGUUGACAGAGUUCCCUUUUUCCCAAGAAAUUACAGAUAAGGUACAUCCAAAGAAGUGCACAGUAUUUCCUUUCCACCCAUGGGGUCCAAAAGAUUAUAAAAAAAAUGGUAUAGUAUUAUGGGUUCCACACACCAUUGAAGAGCUAAUCACAACAGCAGCAGAUCAGAUAGGAUUUUCUAAUGACUCUUGUAUUUUAUCCGAAGAUGCUGGUAAAAUUACUGAUGUGGGCAUGAUUAAGGAUGAUCAGAAGCUGUAUUUAGUCCGCGAAACACAUUAG